AUGGAAAUGUCUGAACUUCUAUGGGAAAAAAGCCGCAAAAAGUCGCAAAGGGCAGGAUCGGAAUUGUAUGAAGAAGGUGCCUCGGAAAAAUUAAAGUUGGCGGCACACUGCGAGCUCGCAUGCACGCCGACAGCGCGCACGAACGAGCCUUCUUCGCGGCUCCUCCCACCAAUUGUCUCAGAGGGCGACAUCGCUAUAUUUAAUAUUAGCUCCGUACCAAAUAAAUCCCUGAAAUCGCCACUAGUGGAAAAACUGUGGUCGCCUUACCACAAAGACUGUUUCAAGCGGGAUUCAGCUUACAUGGAUUGGUCAGGGGCAAAGUCUAAAAGAGUUCCAGGACAAAGUAAAAACUACAAGCUGAGUAAAUCGCAGAGUUCUUUGUUCCCUUCGGCUAAAGCAAGACGCGCCAAAAAUGGUGAAGUAUUGGAAAUAGUGGACUACCUUGACAGGAACAGAGACGUCUUGGAGUCGUAUGUCUUGAACAGUAUACCCCUCAAUGAGUUGGAGGAGUGGUUACUUAAGAAAAUGACACGGAAUAUAGUCAACAAUCCAUCAAGUGAUAGCCAAAUGCUGUUAAGACAUGGCAGUAAAGGCAAGCAAUCCAGAAAGCAAAUGUUUAUGGAUUUGGUGAACAGUUUGCAAGAAGAUACUGAUGAGCAUUCAAUACUGUGGAAACUCGUAAGCUGCAUAAGUUCUUCAAUUGGCGUGGAUGCGUACAGAGUAUAUAAAAUAUUUCCGGACCACUCAAAUUUUGUGCAAUAUUUUGGUACGGAUACUACUAAGGAAAUAUUGAAUCCGACACGUCUGAUUCGAGCGAGCCCACAGCAAGUUGUUUUGGUGCUUGAGGCGGCCAAAAAAGCAGUACCAUGGUGUAUAUCAAGGGCUGACCAUCCUGUAACUUUUCCCGAGACACCGCACGCAUUGUUAAAGUUAUUUGGGACCGACAGCGAGAAAAAUGCGAAUUACAUACUUUACCAACCGAUUCUAACGGCAGCGGGUAAAACGGCGUAUGUCAUAGAAAUGUGGCGUGUGGAAACUCCUUUCACAGACAAAGACGAAGACAUGAGUUCCAGCUUUCUUGUGUGGGGAAGUUUAGCUUUGCAUUAUUGCAGUCUGUAUCUCGACAAGAAAAGAGAGAGGAGCAUGUCGGAUUUUCUUUUGGAUGUCGUAAAAGCAAUUUUUGAGGAAAUGGUUUCUCUAGAUCAACUCAUCAAGAGAAUUCUGGAAUUCGCUCAAAGGCUGGUUAACGCAGACAGAGCAUCCCUAUUUCUUGUCGACUAUAGAAACUAUGAGCUAGUGUCCACGGUAUUCGAUCUAAAAUUUGAACCCGGUCUCGGUCAUGACAUGGAGAAAAAGGAGAUCAGAAUGCCUAUUAAUCGAGGUAUAGCUGGUCACGUCGCGUUGUCGGGGGAGACUAUGAAUAUUCCCGACGCCUACUCGGACUUUAGAUUUAACAGAGAAGUUGACGAGGCUACUGGAUAUAAAACAAUAAGCAUAUUGUGCAUGCCGAUCAAAGUACAAGGCAAAGUGAUUGGGGUAGUUCAGAUGGUGAAUAAACGCAACCACGACAAUUUCGAUCACGAGGACGAAGUGGCCUUCGAGAUAUUCUCUACGUUCUUCGGACUGGCGCUCCAUCACGCACGCCUAUACGAUCGGAUAAUGCGCAAGGAACAAAAGUACAGAGUGGCCCUAGAAGUCCUGAGCUACCACAACACAUGCAGGGAGAAUGAAGUGCAGGCCAUUGUUAGCGAUAAACAGCAGUUGGAAGCAAACGUCAACGACUUCUAUUUGGACCCUUAUCGCUUUACUGAAUUCGAAAAAUGCAAAGCUGCGAUCACAAUGUUUGACGACCUCUUUGAUCUGACUAAUUUCGAUCGGAUGACGGUCACCCGAUUCGUUUUAACAGUGAAGAAAAAUUAUAGGCGGGUUCCUUACCACAACUUUGAUCACGGCUGGUGCGUCGCCCACGCCAUGUAUGUUAUGUUGAAGAACGACGAUAAUAAACGGUUCGACUAUAAAAUGAGAUUAGCCAUGUUUGUGGCAUGCCUUUGCCAUGAUUUGGACCACCGAGGGUACACUAAUAAAUACAUGAGCGAAACUGCCUCACCUUUGGCUGCAAUGUACACAACGUCUACUUUGGAACACCACCAUUUCAAUAUAACUGUUACUAUACUGCAACAGGAUGGACACAAUAUCUUUUCUCAUUUAACUAGUUCUGAGUAUAAAGAAAUUUUGGGUUUUAUAAGACAAUGCAUAUUGGCGACGGACUUGGCUGCGUUCUUUCCGAAUUUGGAGAAAUUAAAAGAGGUCCAUGAGGGAGAUCCAAGACACUACAGUUUCAACUGGAACGUUCCCAGUCACCGAGAUUUAGCCAUGGCUAUCUCUAUGACUGCCGCCGAUCUAUCCGCAUCUGCUAAACCUUGGAGUAUUCAAAUAAAGACAGUAAAGGUAAUUUUUGAAGAGUUUUACGACCAAGGAGACAAAGAAAGGGCCGCAGGCAGAACUCCCAUACCUAUGAUGGAUCGUAACAAGCCUGAUGAGCAACCAGCCAGCCAGGUGGGAUUUCUUAGUCAAAUUUGUGUACCGUGCUAUAAAAUGCUGUACAGAAUUUUACCGAAUACCAAGCCUAUGUACAUUAUGGCUUUGAGGAAUCUUAAUAAGUGGAAAACUAAGGCCGACCAUAUUUUAAAAAAAAUAGCAAAAGAACUAGAACAUGACAUGAACUGCUUGGAUGUCAAAGAUGACGUUACAGAAUUCGAUAGGGAAGACGUCAAUGUGAACGAUACAAUAAAUGAAGGUCUUAAAGAAGACCCAAAGGAAGGUGCCUCAUUACAUCACCGUGAAGACAGUGAUUAUAAUGAAUUAAACAUAAAUCAAGACCAAAGAAACGAAGAGAGAAAAAUAGAAGAGAUAAGUAAUUGUAUUGAAGCAGCGUGGAAAAAUAUAAAAUUGGAAGGUAACUGGAAUUCUUGGGAAGAAGCGGAUGAAGGUGAUAUAGUAGAAGAAGCAAACUGUAGCGGGAUUUGGAAAGAUAUUGAUGGAGCGUGGGUCGAUGAAGAAGGAGUUCUAGUGAAACCAAGGAGAGCUAUAAAAAUAAGAACAAAAAGUAACAACGGGGAUGUUGAU